AUGGCUGCCUCCACUGCUACUACUUCAAGCAAUUUCUCCCGAAUGAGACCUUUGACCAAUGAUGACGUGCACAAGGCUGCUGUCACUUUAGUCCAAUCCUUCACAACCGACGCUUUGGCUAAGUUGUUGACUGUUCAUGUGACUGAUCCAGAUCACAAGGCCAAGGUCGACUACACAGUCUAUGAGUGUUAUCUUAGACAGCAUAUUGCCAAGGGUCUCUGUUUCGGAAUAGGCGAAUCUGAGACCGAGUUUGAGACCGUGGCUAUUUGGUCCACUCCAACGUCUGCCGAUGACGGUUUGGAUAGUUUUGCCAACCUUAUGGAUGCUGGCUACCACAAGCUUUGGGACAUUUCCGGCGACGAAGGUCGUGAGAAGAUCUUCAAGGGAAUGUUGCCUCUUUUGCAUGACACCGCAGAGAGAAUCUUGUCUACCGAUUCUAGAUUCAUGAACAAGGGUGUCUACACCUUAGUGUACUUGGGUUCUGUUGCCAGUGCUCGUGGUAAGGGAAAUGUUAGACUCAUGUUUGACUAUAUGUUCGAAAAGUACAUUGACUUGCCUGGCACUUCUAACAUUGCCUACUUGGAAAGUUCGUCACCAGACAACAUUCCAAUCUACAAUCGCUUUGGCUUCCACUUCUACGAAGACAUCGUGUUGGGAGACAAGGACCGUCCUGAUGCAAAGGAAGGUGAUGACUACGCGGUCAUGAACGUGAUGAUCCGUGGUCCUUUCGGAGAGGACUGGACAGGUGCUGCUGGUGCCAAAUUGUGA